AGAUGGCCCAUGAAUGCAAGAGUAUGCGCCUGCUGGGCCAGCUGCUGCCGCCGAGCCGGCUGCUCUGACCCUGCCUGCCCAUGGCUUUUCACACUGCGCAGCACAAGCUCCUCAAGCAAAGGGAAGAAACACGCUGCUGCACCACCUGCACCACAUGCGUCCUCCCCUUCACCACAUGCGCCCUGCCCCACAUCCCCCUCCCCAGAAUGCUCCCCCAUCUGCUCCCCCCGCCCCUGCACCGCCACGUGGGGCGAGCCAUGGAUCUUGAGCGUCUGCAGCUGGGGGCACAGGCGUCCCCAUACAGCCAAUGGGAUCACGCCAGCUGUCCCCGUGAGGGUCACGUGGCGGAGGGAGCCGGAGAAAGGGACUGCUUCGCGGCAGAAUGGAGGCUCGGCGAGACCAGAUUCGGGUUCGGUGGGGCCCUCACCGCACACGUGCA